AUGUCCCGCCCCCUCGCCGCCGCCCCGCCCAAGGCGGAUAUCCUUCGCGGGUGGAUCAAGACUACCAAGGACGCGAUCCUCGUCUUCGAGGCGACACGCGUGGGCAUCGUGCCGCGCGUCACGCGCCGCUUCCACGACCUCGAGAAGCGCAGCAUCAUUCAGAGCGGCGCGAUCCUCGUCUUCACUGAGGAGGAAAGUGGCAUCAAGAGAUGGACCGACCCGUUUUUGUGGUCCGCCUCGCGCAUGCAGGGCAACUUCUUGAUGUAUCGCGAGCGGGAAGACGAGUACGCGCCGGAGGCCGCGUCGCCUUACCAAUGCUCUGCCGUCGCGUCUCCGGACGACAUAGCCGAACGGCAAGUCGACGCUGACCUCGAGCACUACAUCCUGGGCAGUUGGAACAAGGGCAAGGGCCUCAAGAAAAACGGGCUCAUGAAGAAGACCAUCUCCAUGUCAGUAGAAGGCACCACCUAUCACCUCGUGUCCUAUUACUACCCUUCAGACGUCCGCUCCGGCGCGUUGCAGACACCGUCGUCGAUGCCCGCCCUUGCCUGCCUGGACAUUAGCCCAGUGAUAAUGAAGAGCCUGUCUCAGUUCCGCCAACCUCCUGUGCUCGGGAAGAGCAAGCGGAGCCGGCCAACGCGGAGGUGA